AUGAGCGAGGACUUGGAGGCUGCCCUGCCGCCUACAGACGCUGAGGGCCAGACCUGCAUAAGCUACGGAAACCCAUUGACAUCGCGGUACACCAAGAUCUCGGAACGCCUUCGACGCAGCGCACCAGGGGAGUUCCAGUGUCAGGUGUUCUGCGGCGGCGCCCAGUGCAAGUACGAGGCGGGCGCCGAUUGGCCGGCACAGGACUGUGCCAUUACCGGGCUCUACUCUCAUUGGAUCACGGACGACAUUCUAGCGAUGGCGCGGCCAAACACAGAAGCCAUCUUGCGCUACAACAUCAUCCAGCAGUUCAACGACCACGGCAUUAGGUCCGUCUUCAACCUGCAGCUGCCGGGAGAGCACGCCCACUGCGGCAACCCUCUCGAAAGCGGAGGCUUCUCAUACGACCCGCAAGACUUCAUGGACAAUGGAGUCUUCUUCUACAACUUCGGAUGGCGCGACUACGGCACACCAAGCAGUCUCGCGCUGCUGGACAUGGUGAAGGUGAUGUCGUUCGCCCUUACCGAGGGCAAAGUGGCCGUCCACUGCCACGCUGGGCUAGGUCGGACUGGCGUGCUUGUAGCCAGCUACCUGGUGUUCGCGCUGCGGUGCAGGCCCAACGACGCCGUGCGCUUUGUUCGGCUCAAGCGUCGCGGUUCGGUGCAGACCCAGAGCCAGAUCGACUGCGUCCAGAAGUUCGCCCAGUUCGUGCUGCCACUGCUCGUCGUCUAUCCCAUCGUGCCUACCAAAGCUACAGACUUCACCCUCAUUCAGUACAUGGCCAAACAGCGAAAAGUCCUGCACGGCACCGAAGCUAGACAUUUGAGAUACAUUCCAAAGAUCCUGUACGUACUAUGCGAAAGGCUACUCAGGCUUAGUCAGUCCAAGGGGACGUUAGGCACAAGCAGCAUGAAGAGCUCCUCAAGUAGCAGCAUCAGCAGCCGGAGCAGCACAACGGUUGGUUCCACAUCGAGCACCGCAAGCAUGACGCGCUGUCCGAGCUUCGAGCUGACCGACCUGGACCCCUUCUGGAACUAUUUCCUCUCUUCCUCCGUGAGCCACGAUCGGUGGCGGCCCAUUGCGAUGAGCGAGCGCGGUGACUCGGCGGCCACCAGCGGCUCCUCCGUCACCACGAGCGUCGAGGACAUUCUCUCGCCAUCGCCCGACGACGAGGACGAAGAACCGUCGGACACGGACGCGGUCCUGGACUCCCUCCUGAUCGCCGGACUUGCGGGCCUAUUUUCGUCGACACCCAACAGCCCUGAGUUCAGCAGCUACGAGGACGAAGAGUUCGAGGCCAGCGAAGCCGGCUGCAGCAGUCAGGAGGACGAGACCCUGACCGAGAACGCCUGCUUCAAGGAGUUGUCAUCGCAGAAGGAGCUGCGGGCACGUCGAGAGGCCGCCUGCUCGUCGGUGGCCCUGUCUCCUUCGGACGUAGCCUCGGCGCUGCUCCUGGAGCACAAGCUGCUGGGAGCCGCGUACCUUGCUCGGCUUCGGAAGUACCAGCGUGAGCUAAACACUAGGGGUGCCGCUUGGGACAAGGUGAGCAUCGAAGAGGACCCCGUGAUCCUUUCCGGGCUUCUCUGGUACUGGCUGGAUGAGCUGAGGGAGCCCGUACUGAGCAAACGCGACCUGACGGUGGUCGUCGUGCGGCCGACAAACCCGGUGGCCGUUCUUCAGAAGCUGAACAAGGCAACUCGCUUCACGACAGAAUACCUGGUGAGAUUCGUGGCGCGGCUGAACCUGCCGACGCUCGCAGAGAGGCGAAACGUGAUACGGCGGCUGACGAGCGCUCUGUGUCACCAGACACUGUCCAUCGACGGCAUCCAGCGUCCGGCAGUGGCCGGUUGGGCCAAGAUGCGCCAAGGCACGGCAGCACGGGCCACCGAGUUUAUGGAGGUGCUGCACGACGCCGUGGGCCCGGAUGCGGUGCCCUCGGUCAGCCAGCGAGACGGCACGCAGAAGCACAACGGGACUGCCCUCACCAACGGAGCUUCCACUUCCAGGGAAAGGAACUUUCGCGGAAUCAACAUCAUGGCGUCUGCCAUCGCUAGGUAG